UGAUCUUAACCCAAAUGGAGAAGAGCCUGCCAGUUUAAAAUUGCUAUAUAAGGGCCGAGCAGGGCAAAGAAGAACACACUAAAUGGGGAACUGUUAAUUAGUCAAACGCCUCCGACCUGAACUUCGAGCAAUCAGAGAUCUGAUAUUUGAAGAAGGCAGUACUUUGACGCAGUGGGGGAGAUUCUUUUGAUAGAACUGCAGAGAUGUUGGAGAAGGUGAAGGGAUUCAGUGCUGAUCGGGUGAUAGAGGAGUUUGAGGCAUUGACAAAGGAUGCUGAGAGAGUGCAGAGAGAGACUUUAUUUAGGAUUCUACAUGACAACAGGGAAGCAGAGUACUUACAGAAUUUGGGGCUUCGAGGAAGAAUUGAUCCACAUAGCUUCAAGUCCUGUGUUCCUUUGGUUACUCACAAGGAAUUGGAGACUUACAUACAGAGAAUUGCAGAUGGAGAUUCCUAUCCGAUCCUCACAGGGAAACCGAUAACAUCCAUUUCAUUGAGCUCCGGUACAACACAGGGGAAGCCAAAGUUUGUGCCUUUCAAUGAUGAAUUGGUGCAUUCCACAAUGCAAAUAUAUAAGACCUCCUUUGCCUUCAGGAACAGAGCGUAUCCCUUAAGAAGUGGAAAGGCUCUUCAAUUUAUUUACAGCAGCAAACAGUUCAAAACAAAAGGCGGUCUAACAGCUACCACGGCGACGACAAAUGUAUACCGAAGUGAGCAAUUCAAGCGAACUAUGAUGGAUAUCCAUUCUUUGUGUUGCAGUCCUGAUGAAGUUAUAUUCAGCCCUGACUUUCACCAAUCUCUGUACUGCCACCUUCUCUGUGGUCUGAUAUUCUCUGAAGAAGUCCAGAUUGUGUUCUCUACCUUUGCCCACAGCAUAGUUCAUGCUUUUCGAACCUUUGAAAAUGUUUGGGAAGAACUGUGUUUCGAUAUCAAGGAAGGAGUUCUUUCGAGCAGGAUUAUGAUUCCGACAAUUCGUGCAGCAGUUUCCAGGCUACUGCGGCCAAAUCCGCAGCUGGCUGAUACCAUAUACAACAAGUGUGUUGGAUUAAGUAGCUGGUAUGGGGUGAUACCAGCGCUGUGGCCAAAUGCUAAAUAUGUUUAUGGAAUCAUGACAGGAUCAAUGGAGCCUUACUUGAAUAAGUUGAGGCAUUAUGCAGGGAGUCUGCCUUUAAUGAGUGCUGAUUAUGGAUCUUCUGAAGGGUGGAUUGGUGCUAAUAUUGAUCCAGAAUUACCACCUGAAUCAGCUUCAUUUACAGUUCUUCCAAAUAUUGGGUAUUUUGAGUUUAUUCCUCUUAAGGAAAAAGGUGAUUUGAUGGAGCAGAACAGUGAUUUGUUAAGCAAUCAAAGAGAACAAGAGCCAAUUGGGUUAACAGAAGUCAAGGUUGGUGAAGAAUAUGAAAUAAUCAUUACUUCUUUUGCAGGCUUGUAUCGUUACAGGCUGGGAGACGUGGUAAGGGUGGCAGGAUUUCACAACUCAACACCAAAACUCCAGUUUAUUCGCCGGAAAAGUCUGAUAUUAACCAUCAACAUUGACAAGAACACAGAGAAAGACCUGCAGCUUGCCAUUGAAGAAGCAGACAAGCUCUUGGCUGCUGAAAAGCUUGAGAUCCUUGACUACACCAGUCAUGUCGACAUGUCAACCGAUCCUGGCCAUUAUGUCAUCUUCUUGGAGCUCAGCGGCGAAGCAAGAGAAGAAGUUCUUAGUAGCUGCUGUGAUUGUUUAGACCUUGCCUUUGUUGAUGCAGGUUAUGUUGGUUCAAGGAAAGUUCGAGCGAUCAGUCCCCUCGAGCUCAGGGUGCUUAAGCGAGGAACAUUUCAUAAGAUCAUGGAUCAUUAUCUGACACUUGGUGGGGCAAUGAGCCAGUACAAGACACCGAGAUGUGUUGCUCUGUCAAAUGGAAAAGUAUUGCAGAUUCUGAACAGCAAUGUGCUGAAGAGCUUUUUCAGUGCUGCUUAUAACUAAGUUUAGCUUAGAAUUGUUAACCAUGGAAUGUGAUGUUGGUAUCCGGCUCAGCUACGGCAAUUCUUCUUGUUUUUCCAUUCUGCUGUAGAAAUUGUAAUCUUGUUAAACUGUUUAUGUGCAAAUGGUUUAGUAAAGGAAGUGCAAGGGGAUUGUUAAGUUAGAAAAAUAUGUGUAGUUCAUUAAUGUAAUUUUGAAUGCUUUCCAUUGGAGGCUUUUUGCUAUCA